AACUUAUAUUUGCCAAACAGAGCCUUACCCAAUUAAAAUCGCAAUUCCAGUUCCAUUACCAUACAGACGUUAAGAAACUGAAGCUCUCGGAGUGAAAUAUUGGCGUUUAGAGUUCACCGCUACAUACAAAACAUCUAGGGUUAUUUCGCCGCAGAAAAAUGUUGUUCUUCUCAUACUUCAAAGAUUUGGUGGGAAGAGAAGUUACGGUAGAACUCAAGAACGAUUUAGCCAUCAGAGGCACAUUACAUUCUGUUGACCAAUACCUCAACAUCAAGCUCGAAAAUACUCGUGUUGUUGAUCAAGACAAGUACCCUCACAUGCUUUCUGUAAGGAACUGCUUCAUCAGAGGAUCGGUGGUGAGAUACGUGCAAUUGCCGCCAGAAGGGGUGGACAUCGAACUAUUGCACGAUGCCACAAGGAGAGAAGCCCGGGGUGGUUGAUUUUGCUAUUGUUGUAAUGUAUCUUCUGUAUGAGAAUUCAUUAGGCUGGAAUAUCAUAUACGAUAUCGUUCCUGCUUAAGAAAGAAACUAUUAUGAACUGUCAUGAAUUUUAUUGCGUCUAUGUAUAAGAGAUUAUAUUUGAUGUGCGUACACAGAAAUACUGGAUGAUAAAAAAUUCCAUUGUGCAAGAAGAAUAUAUUCCAACA